AUGACAAGACCCAAGAACCUCAAGACCAUCUUCCCCAGCUCUCACCACCCCCCGAACAGCCGCUACUUCUUUCACUACUUCUCCAUUACCCUAUUCCCAUCUCAUCACUCCCACUCCCUCGCCUCCCCUCUGCUCUCCAACUCCCUCGUCAGGACUCCAAGAAGACCAACCCCUACCAGCCACCACACCAACAUCAUCCUCUUGUUCCUCCUUCUCCUCCUCGCCACUCUCUUCUUCCUUGCCUUCCCCAAGAUUCCCUGCCUUCCCACCUCGCCAGACUCAAUGGUGAGGCGCACUGGUGCAACCUCACCAUCGGAGAGCGCGGUGGUCCCACUCCCGGCGCACGACAUCAAAAAGAAUCUAACGCAGGAGGAGAGAGAGUUCUGGGAGCAACCAGAUGGGUGGGGGUACCAGCCGUGCAUCGAGUUCAGCCUCGGGUACCGGCAGGCCUCGGCAAGAGUCACAAAGGAGCGGAGGAGGUUCGUAGUGGCGGUCGUCUCCGGGGGCCUGAACCAGCAGAGGAAUCAGAUCGUCGACGCCGUCGUCAUUGCAAGGAUUCUUGGAGCCGCACUGGUCAUGCCCGUAUUGAAGCCUAAUGUAGUAUGGGGGGAUAGAAGCGCAUUUGAGGAAAUAUUCGAUGCGGAUCAUUUCAAGCGGGUCCUUCGAUCGGACGUCCACGUUGUCUCGUCACUCCCUCCUUCCCAUCGGAGCCGGAGGCCCACCGUCGAAGCCUCCAUCCCUUUCAACGCUUCACCAUUUUGGAUUCGCAGCAGACUUGGCAAAAAACUGAACGAGGUCGGCAUUUUACUGCUAAAAGGGCUAGAUUCUAAGCUAUCCAAAGAUCUACCCUUGGACCUCCAGAGGCUUCGCUGCAAGGUGGCGUUCCGCGCGCUGAGGUUCACUGCACCAACGGAGCUUGGUGACAAGCUGGCGCGGAGGAUGGGGGCUGGUGGGUCCUACGUCGCCGUCCACCUCCGGCUCGAGAAGGACGUGUGGGUGCGGACUGGAUGCCUUCCCGGGCUUGGACCCGAAUACGACCAGCUCGUCAUGGACGAUCGCCGGUCCCGCCCGGAGCUCCUCACGGGGCAGUUGAACCUCACACACGACCGCCGAAGACUCGCUGGUCUCUGCCCUCUUAAUGCCCUAGAAGUCGCAGCGCUGCUAAGGGCGUUGGGAGCACCGAGGAGUGCUCGAGUGUACUGGGCCGGAGGGGAACCCCUGGGCGGGGAGCAAGCUUUGCGGCCGUUGAUGGCCGAGUUUCCUAAGCUCAUGAACAAGGAGAUGCUGGCAUCAGAUGGCGAGCUUGUGAAGUUCGCCAACAAGUCGUCCGUCCUUGCCGCGGUGGACUUCAUGGUGGCCGUGAGCAGCGAUGUGUUCAUGCCUUCCCAUGGCGGUAACAUGGCCCGAGUCAUCCAGGGUCAUCGAGCGUACGUGGGGCACAAGAAGUCCAUAAGACCGAACAAGCGAGCGGUGGUCGAACUCCUGAAGCAGGCGGCAGCAGCACCGAAGUCGGAAGGCGAGCUGCGUAGCAUGAUGAUGAAGCGGGUGCAUGCCCCGCAGAUGGGACAGCCGGAGGAGAGAGGGAGGAAGAAGGGGCGCGACGUGAUCGCGUUCCCGGUGCCGGAGUGCAUGUGCCGUCGGCGCCGACUCCGCUUCUUUUUCUAG